UGUUGGGCUUUAUUUUCAUUAUAGCCCAUUUGUUUAUCUUCCCAAUCCCCCCAGCAAAGAAAACUCCCCAGAUGAAAAUGCCAUUAAAUCGUUCAAAUUCUAAUCUCAAUUCCUGAUUAGGAUAUAUCCUUUUUCUUCAACAAUUUGUCGGGUGCUACCUUAGCCUUAGCAGAUUUUAAAAUUACCCAAACAGGUAAAACACUUUGUUUUUCACACUUGUUCGAAGAAGAUUUAUAGGGCUUUGGUUCUCCCAUAAUUGAAGAAACAUGAAUCCUAGACGGGACAUGCGUAACAACAGAGUUGCCCUUUUCGAUGGCAUCGAGGAGGGUGGCAUAAGGGCCACUUCUUCUUACUCGCAUGAAAUUGAUGAGCAUGAUAAUGAAAGAGCAAUGGAAGGAUUGCAGGAUAGAGUCAAUCUGCUGAAGAGGCUUUCAGGCGACAUACAUGAGGAGGUGGAUAGCCACAAUCGCAUGCUGGAUCGAAUGGGAAAUGAUAUGGAUUCAUCAAGAGGAAUACUCUCAGGAACCAUGGACAAGUUUAAGAUGGUAUUCGAGACCAAAUCAAGCAGGAGAAUGUUUACACUUGUGGCAUCUUUUGUGGUUAUUUUCCUUGUUAUAUACUAUCUUACUAGGUAACUGGUCUGUGGUGUAUGUGAUGUAAUACAACUGCAAGCUUUAUAUGAGAAUUUGGAAGACCCUUAUUCUAGUACAUCGUGUUACUGUAAACAAUGCGCUUCCUACUUGUAUGAUAUCGUGGCAUGUUUGUAUAAA